AUGGAAUCCACCGUCCUCCCGGACAGCGUCCGCCCCCAGAGGCUGCAGCCGGGCAUCGGCUUCGGCUCGGGGCCGACGACGGGGACCCUCCGCUCGUCCCUCCGGCCCGGGGUAACGGUCCCCGUCGCCCCGCUGCUGCCCCCCCCGGCCGUGUCACUGUCCGGGCACCACCCCCCGCCGCCGCCGCCGCCGCUGCUGCAGCUCCACAGCCUGUACGGCGGCGUGGGGGCCGGGCUGGGGGCGCCCGGGGCCGGGCUGGCGGGGCUCGGGAGGCCCGGGGCCGGCGGACACUGCAACCCGGGGAACCCGGCCGUGCUGAAGGAGGCGGUGGAGGCGGUGGUCCGGAGCUUCGCCAAACACACGCAGGGCUACGGCCGAGCUGAACCCCCCCUGUUUGGCCAACAGGGAGCCAGCUCUGGGCCCAGCAUUGAUUUCAUGGUUUGGUCAGGAGUUGAUGUUCUGGAUUUGGGUCAGAUGUUGGUUUUCGGUCCAUGUGGAAAGCAAGCUCUGGACAAGCAGCUGACCUUGAUCCGGGUGAGGUUUGGGCCUGGUUCAGCAGCCAGAUUUCAGCCGGAGCGCCUUCAGGUAAACGUGGUGGAAGCUUUGCAGGAGUUCUGGCAGAUGAAGCAGACCCGAGGGGCCGACCUGCGGAACGGAGCGCUGGUGGUUUAUGAAAUGGUGCCGUCGAACAGCCCUCCAUACGUUUGCUACGUAAGCCUCCCGGGCGGAAGCUGCUUCGGAAGUUUCCAGUGGGGUCGUAAAGCUUAUUCUGAUCAUAUUCCCUCUACUCUUGGUCAGUUCUGUCCGACUAAGGCGGAGGCGAGGCGCAGCGCCGCCAAGAUUGCUCUGAUGAACUCCGUCUUUAAUGAGCAUCCCUCCCGGCGAAUCACAGACGACUUCAUAGAGAAAAGCGUGAAUGAGGCUCUGGCCUCUUUCAAUGGAAACAGGGAAGAGGCUGACAAUCCCAACACAGGGAUCGGUGCGUUCCGCUUCAUGCUCGAAUCCAACAAAGGAAAGUCUAUGCUGGAGUUCCAGGAGCUGAUGACUGUGUUUCAGCUGCUGCACUGGAAUGGAAGCCUCAAAGCAAUGAGAGAGCGACAGUGUUCCCGACAGGAGGUGCUGGCCCACUACUCCCACCGGGCCCUGGACGACGACAUGCGCACCCAGAUGGCGGCCGACUGGGUGAACCGGGAGCAGAGCGUGGCGGGCACCAUCGCGCAGGAGCUGGCCUCCACGGACCGGGAACUGGAGGACGCCAGGCUGGCGGGCCGAGAACUGCGUUUUUACAAGGAGAAGAAGGACAUCCUGAUGCUGGCCGUGGGCCAGCUGACCGCCGCCAACGCCGCCACGCUGCCCUCCCACUAGAGGGACUCCCGGUAACAGCGCCGACCACUCUCUCUCUCUCUCCCCGAACUUUGACCGUUCCUGUUUCGUCAGAUGCCCGGCUGUCCAGAAAACGAACACUCGCCGCUAUAGCUGUUACCUCUUUGUGCCUACUAAUCACAUGAAGCUUAUUUUUUAAAGGCCUGUAAAAAAAACAAAACACCUGCCUGGUUUCUAAAUUUUUUUUAAUUUUUAAUUUUUAUUUUUUUUCUCCAUAUCCGCUGCAUUUACAGACAAAAGUCCUCACUAAGAGUCCGUCAGUGAAUGUACAGGACUGGAAACAGUACGGCCCACGAAGCCAAAGGUGCAUUUGGACGCGUUCGCUACAUAUCAAGAUGCUCGACGUGUGGAUUUAAACAUUUUGAUAACAGGCCUCGUCCUUACUGCAACAGAGAAUAAGUCCUAAGUACAAACCAAGACAGAAAAAGUAAUCAUACCAGUCUCAACGCAAACACAAACAAAUUGGACGGAAAAUAAUACCCGAAUGGGUUUUCAGAGUUUUGGAACAUGAAUAAUAAUUUGUGGGUACUUCGUAAACUAUGUCAGCAGCUCAGGUUUUUGCAAAAAAAAAAAGAAGACAUGGUGAAACAUCAGUAGAUUGGUCUUUUUUUUUUUUUUUUUUUCCUUCUUCUUUUUUGAUUGUCUGUGAAAGCUUUUUGGCUCUUUUAGAUCUAGCUGUGUGCUCGUUGACCAUGACAGUGGCCGAAUGUAUGUUUUUUAAAUCUGCAAUCCACUUAAGGACCUACAAAGCAGCGCUGUUACUCCAUGGGAGGGCUCUUGUGUACACUUUGCUCGUCACGUGCUUCAGCAAGCAGUUCAAAAAGGUGCUUAUGAGAACACAGGGGAGGUCAAAUAUAGACAUUAAUGAAUUGUGAGUUUUAAAUUCUCGGACACUCGAACAUCCACAGACGGUAAACAUGUCAUGUAAUCUGCACUUCUAACUCUUUCUUUCUGUUAGAACCGUGGAGAGGUCAAAGUUUUAUAUUUCUUUGUGUACCUAAAAUGUAUUUUUAAGCAUUAUAGAAAUGAAUAAUUUGGGUGAGCAGCCUUUUAAAGACCCUGUGUAAGCGAGGCGAGAGUUUAAUUGAGGAGCGGCUCUUGUGUUGAGGGAAAUGCGGGCAAAAGUUUGGAGGCUUAAACAGUGGGGAGGCUCGUUCCAGCAGCUGAAUGUUAAAUUAUCUACAGCAGAAACUCAUUACUCAAAAUUUUAGAAGGCUAAAAGAAAACAAAGAAGACAACACAACAAAAAAGGGAUUGUGCUGGACUGUUGUCAGUCUGUCAUUUUGUUUCAAGUUCCCUCCAGUGAAAUAUUGUGCCUUUUUGUAAAAUUGUAAACACGAAGAGUUAAAACCUUUAAAAAAAAUCUAAUAAUUUUGUGGAGUUCCUAAGAGCUUGAGUAAAGGCAACUGGACUUCUUAUUGGAUCCUGAAUACGUUUCACCUCAUCCAAAAGGCCUCCUAAGUUCGAAAGUGAAUGGGGUCUUUAAAAGAAAGUACUUUUUAUCUUCUAAGACGAAAAUACUUGCAUAGUAUUCUAUUGUAAUACUUCCUGGAAAUAUUUUCGGAUCACAUGACUUGUGUUUUCACUCAGACUCGAGCUUCAUGACAAUGCCCUAGUGCAUUUAACAGAACUUAAGAUCCGUUUAUUCAGGCUCUGCCCAAAUCUGACAAAAAUGUAGCACUAAAGUUCAAGAUAAACAUCGUCUAACCGUUUAAUAUAUACAAAUGAAUGAUUUAAUAUGAACUUUUGUUGACUCCUAGGAAGUCUGCGUUGGUUGCAUAGCAACAGCAACUUAAGAGCGGCAUUCUUCCUCUCGUCCACAUCAAUAUAUCAAGUAAUUGCUGUAAUUCACGGCAUACCGUGUAAUUAGGAAGGAUUUGUUCUGCAAGGUUGUCUCUCUGGUAUGACGUUCUGAACACGUACCACUAUUUUAACUAGUUUUUUUAAAAAUACGAUGAACUCUCUGCAGCUCUCUUCAGUCAGAAGUUUAAAUGUAUUGAACACUUUUACCUCAUAAAUCUGCACCUUGAAUCCCCUCUCAACGUCGGUUUCUGUUACUUUAUAAUAGCUUUUGUAGCCUGUAUUACACGUUUUCUCAGCUUCUACUCGGCGGGUGCUUUUCGUUCAAUGAUUGUACUUUCAUGAGCCAUUUAAGAAAAAAAUGGAAGUUGAUUAAAGAAUACAAACUCAAGUUGUUCGAAGGAGCUCUUCAUAAGAAUGAGGCUUGUGAUAUUGAAUUGUGUUGAUCUUGUAUUGAAAAUGCCCAGUAAGUGUUAUAUUUGUUACUAAAAGCCAUCAAUUUGAGCUCUUUCCUUCAAAUGCUUUGGAGUUUUCUUUAUGCUCAUUAUCAAUAAAAGCUUUUUUAAUAUUGCCAUUUUAAAGAAAGAAAACACUUUUUUUGGGGGGGGUGGGACUUUGUUGCAUGAUGUACUCGGUCUUCUUUUUGUACUUUUCAUAUCCUAUACAGUAUUGUUUUUAUAAGUCUUUGUUGAGGCCCUAAUUGUAUGUAUUUUCUAUGAAUUUAUUUUGUAAUCCAUGUUUAUACUAGUAAAUUUAUAUGUAAAUGUAUUAAAUCGGUUGAUUCAAAUCUU